AUGAUUACUUGGAUUUUGAGAUCAAAUCCAGAGCCACAUUUGCAUCAAUUCGCGAGAUCAGACACAUAUCCAAUCGCGCCAAAUUCGAGAAAAUGCAAGAAUUGUGAUCGAUCGAGAUGUCCAAAAGGACCGCCUGGACCUGAUGGAAUCCCUGGAGAUCGGGGAAUUGAUGGCUAUGAUGGCCCCGCAGGGACUCCAGGCCAUGACGGUCCUCCAUCCGUAAGAUCGGGCCGUCCACCGCUUGAUUGUAUCCAGUGUCCACCAGGACCCCAGGGACUCCCAGGAGAUGACGGUUUAAAGGGAAAAGAUGGACCGAGUGGACCGCCGGGAGUCAUUGGAAUGUCUGGAAAAGACGGAGACAUUGGAGAGCCAGGUCCCACUGGAGAUGCCGGAGUCCCGGGACCUUCAGGUCAGCCAGGGGGAACCUGGGCAACCUGGGAGAACCGGGAAGCAAGGGAUCGCCUGGACCUAAAGGUGCAAAGGGUUUCCCCGGCUUACCCUGGUCAGUCUGGACCGCCGGGGGCACCUGGACCAAAAGGAGCUCCAGGAAUCGAUGGAGUCAAGGGAGAACCGGGAUAUCCCGGUCCUCCAGGGUUGCCAGGGCGUGACGCGAAUAUUGUGGUUGUACACAAGUCGAAGAAACUGAAACUGAAACCGAACCGAAUGAAGAGAAAAGCGAGGAAAGAUACGGAGAAGAGGAGU